CUUCCGUGUUCUUGUGUGGUUAUGAGGACUGCACUAUACCUCCUCCAAUCAUCAACAGUUGCGGUGCUGGCACUUAGUUUCUUCAAUAGACAGUAAAAGGUUUCUUCAUGCCUCGAGGCAGAAAGGAAUAAAGACGAGCCUAAUCCGUUGCUAAUAAAUAUGUCUGAUAAUCUGAUACUGGAGGGUCAACAUUCAAAUUCUGAGAAGAAACAACGAUCCAAUAAAGCUCCAGACCUACCAAUACUGGAAAAAAGGAACUGGUUAAUUCAUUUAUAUUACAUUCGCAAAGACUAUGAGACCUGCAAGGCUAUCAUCAGAGAGCAGCUGCGGGAGACUCAAGGCAUGUGUGAAUAUGCCAUUUAUGUUCAAGCUCUCAUCUUGCGUAUGGAAGGGAAGAUUCAACACUCUCUGGAACUGUUCCAGAGCUGUGCCAUCCUCAAUCCCACCAGUUCUGACAACCUGAAACAAGUGGCCAGAUCACUUUUUCUCCUUGGAAAACAUAAAGCUGCAAUAGAGGUUUACAAUGAAGCUGCUCGGCUCAAUCAGAAAGACUGGGAAAUGAACCACAACCUGGGUGUGUGUUACAUGUACACAAAAGACUUCAGAAAUGCAGAAGAUCAAUUGAAUAGAGCCCUACUAUUAAAUAAACAUGACUUGACUUAUAUGAUGCUUGGAAAAAUCUGCUUGCUUGAGGGGGACACUGCAAAGGCCAUUGAAGUGUACAAGUGCGCUGUUGAGUCGUCUCCUGAGAAUACCGAUUUUUUGGCAACGCUUGGACUGCUCUACAUGCAGAAAGGGAAAUAUCAGAAAGCUUUUGAAUACCUUGGAAAUGCUCUGACCUAUGAUCCCAACCAUUACAAGGCUAUCCUUGCAGCAGGCAGUAUGAUGCAGACCCAUGGGGAUUUUGAUGUAGCCAUGAAUAAAUAUCGUAUUGCAGCCUACGCUGUCCCCGAGAGCCCUCCAUUGUGGAACAAUAUUGGCAUGUGCUUCUUUGGGAAGAAGAAAUAUGUCGCUGCCAUCAGUUGUCUUAAGAGGGCUAACUAUCUGUCACCAUUUGACUGGAAGAUCUUGUACAACCUAGGGCUGCUACACCUGACCAUGCAGCAAUAUGCCUCUGCAUUUCACUUUCUCAGUGCUGCCAUCAACCUCCAACCUAAGAUGGGUGAACUCUACAUGCUGCUGGCAGUUGCAUUGACCAAUCUGGAUGAUGUGGAGAAUGCACGACGGUCCUAUGAGCAGGCUGUACUUUUGGAUGGGUCCAACCCUUUAGUAAACUUGAACUUUGCAGUUCUGUUGUACAAUCAAGGAGAUAAGAAGGAAGCCCUGCAGCAGUACCAGGAGAUGGAGGAGAAGGUCAACUCACUUAUGGAAAACAAAAUGAACAUAGAAUUUGAUGCAGAGUUGAUUGAUAUGGCUCAGAAGCUAGGAUCAGCCCUCCAGUCAGGAGAAAAUGUUUUAUGGACCAGACCCAGCAAAGAUGGAAAAGCCAGUCAACAACAUACGACCCACCGAACCACCACUACUCAGCAGCGCCUGGGCACCAAUCAAGCCUUGGGGCAGGCAAUGUCCUCUGCAGCAGGAUAUAAUAAGAGUAUCCAACUUACUGCAGGUUCAUCGUCCAUUCCCUUGGCACCUGAUGUGGAACCCAGUCCGAACUGCACACCACCAGAAUCCCCUGGGGACGAAGACACUACAGAUUUUGAUGAACCUAAAACUACAGACAAAUCAUCCCAGUGAAAAACAAUGGCUGUGUAGAGUUUUGCAGGGAGAUAAACCUUUGUAGAAAACAGAAGAACUUUUGGUAUUCUAAACUGGGAGUAAUCUUUUGGUCAUUGUAGAUAUCUAUGGUAAGACUGUAUACGGUAGAAAUGUAUACGGCACAUUAACAGUUGGUAUUCAUAUUGCCAUUGUGUUAUUUUCCAUAUAUAUUUGUGUCGUUUUGUGUUGGUUAUGUUUAAUAUUGUUAGAAGUUAAAAGUUUAUUCUUUGCCUGAUGUUAAAUCAAUAUCACAUC